ACCAGGAUGUACUUGGAUACUUUGGCUGGUGAUGUACAACCUGUUAACACAUCGUUAACUCAUUAGAGGAAUUAACAAACCAGGGUCUACUUGGAUACUUUGGCUGGUGAGGUACAACCUGUUAACACAUCGUUAACUCAUUAGAGGAAUUAACAAACCAGGGUCUACUUGGAUACUUUGCUGGUGAGGUACAACCUGUUAACACAUCGUUAGCUCAUUAGAGGAAUUAACAAACCAGGGUCUACUUGGAGACUGUGGCUGCUGAGGAUAAGGAACUCAACGAAAACAUGGGGUGGACGGCUACUGUCUGCCUGGCUCUGCUAGUCUUCGUGGCGGCAACGCAAUGGACGCACGUGCAAGGCCAAGUUUGCCCUUUCGAUGUCCUUUUUGUGGUGGAUGAAUCCGAUAUUAUGCGUUCUUCGCAAUUCACUAAACAGGGAAAAAUCGCAUUUAAAAGAGUCAAUGACCAAAUAGUGUCUUUUCUGGCUUCAUUGAGUCAGGUGAAAUCGCCUAGCGUGGCAAGGGCUGGUUACAUCGCCAUUGGAAUGGACCAAGGAUCGCGAAAAGCUGCUCGCCAGAUCAUUGCUCUGAAUGCGGACCUGAAUGCUGUCACGACGGCCAUCAAUGCAGUCACCCAUCAAGAUAUUGCCCUCAUAUGGUCUCAGAUAUUGAACAGCCUUCCCGGUCUCAUUUCAGCAGAGUCAAAGGUCAUCAUAAUCACUGCCACCCAGGUGUCUGCUAGUGAGAGGGCAUCUACAGCUGCCACUAUGAGCGCCAUCAACGCCGAAUUCUUUGCCAUUGGUCUGCCGUUCAAGAGAGCACCCAAUUCCAUGACUGUUGCCGGACUAGAGCCACUGGCCUCCAAUGCAUCUAACAUUGCUGUAUUGCAAGGAUUCGACGACACAUCCAUCAUUAGCCAGCUGGAUUCGUUUUUGCCCAAAACCUGUCCAAAAGGCUUCACAGCAGUUUGCAGCAACAUCAUGGACGUGGUUGUCGUUGUGGAUGGAUCCUUCAGUAUAUCUCUCGACGUCUUCAACAAAACUCUCAAAACCGCACUGAUUGGUCUCACCGAUAAUCUCUUUGGCAUGGGCAGAGAUAUAAACAUUGGACUUGUUCUCUACAGUUUGGAGGUGGAUGCUAAAAUCGCUCUCACCGACAGCAUAGCUAACAUCAAGUCGAGCAUCAUUAGUCUCGUUUAUCCGAACAGUGCAACAUGGACACAUCUGGGAAUCAAGGCUGCUAGAGAGAUGCUGAUUAACACAGGAAGGACAAAUUCUACAAAGCUGAUGAUCAUCAUCACAGACGGGGAGUCGAAAUUUCCGACACAGACUAAAAGUGAGGCCACCAUUGCGAAAAACCAGGACAUAACCAUUUACGCGGUAGGGGUGGGCGUAGACACCCAGAGCGAGCUGGUGAGCGUAGCGUCAACGCCAGCCCACGUGCUACAGGCAGCAAACUACGAGGAGCUGGCCAAACAGCUGGAAGCGUUUACAGCAAAAUGUGCAGUUGACGGUGCUUGGUCUGCAUGGACGUUCCAACGACUGGACCCGUGUGGUGUCACUUGUGGUGUGGGAACUCAGAGAAGAUAUCAAAUACGAAGGUGUGACAACCCAGUUCCUAGAAACGACGGUUUAGACUGUGUGGGAAGUGAUAAUCGGGAUUUUACAGAACGUUGUGAUACAAGAAUCUCAUGUGCAGCUUGGGGUUUAUGGACAUCAUACACAGAAUUGAUACCAUGUUCAGUCACCUGUGGACGCAAUGGAGUUAAAACAAUGCGACGAAGUCGAACAUGCUUCAACGAUAAUGCCGCUCGUGAUGCGUGCGGUGCUCAGUCACCCCAGUUUGAAACCAGAACUGAACUGUGUUCACGGCCCUCUUGCCCAUCUUGGGGAUCGUGGACACCGUACAAUUACGGUUCUUGCUCUGCUACGUGCGGUACAGGCAUAACUCAAAACGGCACAAGGUCGAGAACCUGUGUGAACGACAUCCCAUCUAAUCUAGGUUGUGGGGCACUGUCUCCUCAGCAACAGCAGACGAUGCGACCAUGCAGCAAACCAUUGUGUCCCAGUUGGGGUCUGUGGUCUGGCUUCCAGUAUGGUCAAUGCACUAAAACGUGUGGAACCGGCGCAACGCAAACUGGAAUACGAACAAGAACCUGUUUGAAUGACGUCCCAUCCCGACGUGGUUGUGGUGAAUUAUCUCCUCAGUCGUCGCAGCAGAGACGCGACUGCAGUCUGAAUCCUUGUCCUCAGUGGGGCCCGUGGUCUGUCUACACGGCAUACACUGCCUGUUCUGUGACGUGUGGGUCAAAUGGGAUCUGGAGAACCCGCAGCACUAGAAUAUGUAACAAUGACAUACAAGGAGGAGGAGGAUGUGGUGCUCCAUCACCUCAAGAACUGACCAGAACAGAGGCCUGUUCUACGUCCAGGACAUGUCCUUUCUGGGGAGCCUGGUCGGGCUUCACCUUCACCCAGUGUUCUGCAACCUGUGGAUCUGGUUUCACCAGGAGUGGCACACGAACAAGAAUAUGUCUGAAUAACAUCGACUCUGGACUUGGUUGCGGUGGUCCUUCACCCGACACAGACCGCCAAACACAAGACUGUGUCCUGCCAGCCUGUCCAUUUUGGAGUGACUGGACACCUUACAAAGCGAUCUCAGCAUGCUCAGUGACAUGUGGAUCGAAUGGCGUUUGGAGAAUACAGAGAACUAGAACGUGCAAUAAUGAUGUGGCUUCACGUAUGGGAUGUGGGAAAUUCUCGCCAGAUACGGACACCAAAACUGAAACUUGUUCUGCAAACAGACAAUGUCCAUCCUGGACAGAUUGGUCACCAUAUUCAUCCACAGAAUGCUCAGCUACGUGCGGUGUCGGCAUAUCUCGAACUGGCACCAGAACGAGAACAUGUAUGAAUGAUAUCCCAUCUGGAUUUGGUUGUGGAGCUAAAUCCCCAGAAGAACAAAAACAAAUAGAGGCAUGUUCAGUACCCCUAUGUCCCAGAUGGAGUGCAUGGACUCAAUACACACCAACUGGACCAUGCUCUGUAACAUGUGGUCCAGGUGGGAUAUGGAGAGUCCAGAGAACUAGAACAUGUAUCAAUGACAACAAUGCUGGAAAUGCGUGUGGCGCGCAAUCACCUCAACCAGAUGGUAAAACUGAAUCCUGUUCCUCGGGCCGCACUUGUCCAUUCUGGAGUGCCUGGUCUGGCUUUACCUAUGGAGGAUGUAGCGCUUCUUGCGGUACAGGCAUCACAAGAAGUGGAAUCAGAUCCAGAAUCUGUCGAAACGACAUUCAAUCUGGUGGAGGCUGUGGAGCUCCAUCUCCUCAGCGAGAUAGCCAAACACAGCUGUGUCUAGUACCCUUGUGUCCUAACUGGGGCGACUGGUCAGGAUACACUCCAUUAGAGCCGUGUUCAGUUACCUGUGGUACAAACGGCGUCUGGAAUACACGUAGACAACGAUUAUGCAAUAACGAUAUUCCUUCCAGAAUGGGAUGUGGUGCGCUGUCUCCCCAGGGGGAAACACGCGUGGAAUCGUGUUCAACAUCAGUUGCUUGUCCAUUUUGGAGUGAAUGGACAACCUAUGUUCCUGUCACAGCAUGUUCAGUAACUUGUGGAAGUAGUGGAGGAACCCAGACAGUGAGGAGGAACCGAAGCUGCAUCAGUGAUAUCCCCGGAGGUGGAGGCUGUAGAAAUGGUCUCAGUCAGGAGAUAAAAACGCAAAGCUGUUUUCCAAGUACUCAGUGUCCAGGUAAGAUCUUGUUUCGAACGUGUCUGCUUUCUGUUAACAUUUCUAUGUUUUUAUUUUUAUCUCCAAUAGUCUUUCCAUGCUAUACCACAUAGUUUCACAGAGAUUUAAGGGAUUGUCGUGAGAGUGCAUAAUAACCAAACAUAUUAAUGUUUAUUAUCCGUAUGGUUAAAAAAAUAACUUGUUACAUAUCAAUGUGAUACGUCCCACUAGAAUGCGAAGUGGGACGUAACACUUCGAUGUUACACGAUGACGUCAUGGAUUGGCGAACUACAACCUUACAAGAAUGCCAAUACCCAGUAAGCCCAGUUAGGUCUUGUGAUCGGUGUGUAUAUUCAGUCAUUUCCAAAGCCAGGAAGGAUUUGUGACAGGUGUGUAUAUUUAAUUAUUUUCGUACCCAGUGACGUCUGUGUAUACUCAGUUAUUUCCAGUAAGGUCGUGUGACUCACCUGUAUACUGUGUUAUUUCCAGUACUGUCAUGUGACUGGUGUGGAUACAUAGUUAUUUCCAGUAAGGUAUUGUGACUGGUGUGAAGUAAGAGUUAUUUCCAGUAAGGUAUUGUAAAUGAUGUGUAUAGAUAGUUAUGUCCAUACCCAGUAAAGUUUUGUGACUGAUGUGUAUACAGAGUGAUUUCCAGUAAGGGUUUUUGACUGGUGUGUAUACAGUCAUUUCCAUACCCAGUAAGGUCUUGUGACUGAUGUGAACACGGAGCUAUUUCCAGUAAGGUCUUAUGACUAGUGUGUAUACUGAGUUAUUUCCAGUAAGGUCAUGUGACUGGUGUUUAUACUGAGGUAUUUCCAGUACGGUCUUGUGACUGGUGUGUAUACGCAGUUAUUUCCAGUAAGGUCUUGUGACUGGUGUGUAUACAGUUAUGUCCAUACCCAGUACUGUCCUGUGAGUGGUGUGUAUACAGUUAUCUCCGUACCCAGUAAGGUCAUGUGACUGGUGUGUGCAUACAGUUACUUCCAUAUAGUUAUUUCCAUACCCAGUAACGUCUUGUGACUGGUGUGUAUCCAGAGUUAUUUCCGGUAAGUUCUUUACCUGCUGUGUAUACAAAAUUAUUUCCAGUUAGGUCUUGUGACUGGUGUGUAUAUUUAGUCAUUUCCAAACACAGGUAGGAUUUAUGACAGGUGUGUAUUUUUAAUUAUUUUCGUACCCAGUGACGUAUUGUGACAGGUAUUAUUUCCAGUAAGGUAUUGUGACUGGUGUGUAUACAUAGUUAUUUCCAGUAAGAUCCUGUGACUGGUGUGUACACAUACUUAUUUCCAGUACGGUUUUGUGACUGGUGUGUAUACAUAGUUAUUUCCAAUAAGGUCUUGUGACUGGUGUGUAUACAUAGUUAUUUCCAGUAAGAUCCUGUGACUGGUGUGUACACAUACUUAUUUCCAGUCAGGUCUUGUGACUGGUGUGUAUACAUAGUUAUUUCCAAUAAGGUCUUGUGACCGGUGUGUAUACAGAGUUUUUUCCUGUACAGUUUUGUGACUGGUGUGUAUACUGAGCUAUUUCUAGUAAAUUAUUGUGACUGGUUUGCAAACAGAGUUAUUUCCACACCCAAUAAGGACUUGUGACUGGUGUGUAAACAGUUAUUUCCAUACCCAGUAAGAUCUUGUGACUGUGUGGAUACUGAGCUAUUUCUUAACUCUCUCUCUGAUCUUCAGACUGAUCUGUAAUAUUUAGUUAGAACCAUUAGAACACAUUGAUUAAUUAAUCAUCGGCUAUUGGAUGUCAAACAUUUGCAAUUGUGACAUGUAGUCAC